AGAUGUGAGUGAUGUAGCAAAAUGGCCAAUUUAUUCCCAAAAAGGGAGGCAUUACAAAAAGCGAUACACCAACAUACUGUAGCGACUAACAAAAUAAUAAUAAAUAAUCCCUGGGCAUUUUGACUGAAUAUAUUUAUAAAGGUGAUCAGGUUGAUAGUCGAGAAAGCUUGCCGUUGUAAACCAGAGAUCUGCGAUGGCACUUUGAGAGCCUACAGGCGUGAAUGUGGAAAUUCCCAUACUAAUUGAUAGACUUUAGAGUCAGAGAUGGGCUCUAGACAUUAUAUCGCUUCUGCUGUCUUACUCAAGAUCACACCCAUUUUCUCUGAAACGAAAGUUCCCGACUGUCGAAAGUGAAUGUUUUCCUGGUGGGAUAUACACUGUGAGUCUGUUAACAGCCAUCGGUCGAUUCGCUUCAGUGCGAUGUUGGUCGUCUAAAUAAAAGCUGUUUAGUUCAAACCACUAACGUUAAAGCUACAUCUUCGGUCAGCCGUUAUCAAUACACCUGCAUAGUUUUUCAGAAUGAAGUGUCCAAGUUGUGAUCAUGUGGCUUUGGAGGCGACGGCAAAGUUCUGCAGUCAGUGUGGGACUAGGCUGACAGCACAGCCUUCUGACAACAUACCAGACAAAACACCAGAGCAGUCUGCUCAGACACCAGUCGUUCCACCGGGUACUGAUGUGGAAACGGCUGAAAUGAAAGCAUACUCCUCAGCCUUGGAUAAUCAACAAACAACUGUCUCUCCUAAAAGGCUAAAUGAAAAUGAUGACAACUGCCCAAAGCCCCACAAAAAGAGAAAAAAGAAGAGGAAAAACAAAAGGAGAUUGUCGGAACCCACGUCCCUGUCUUCUGAUCUCUCUAUCAUCUCCCUGACUGACAAAGACAUGGACCAAAGACAGGAGGAAGCGAUAUCGUCUGACAGCGAGGAGUCGGCCUGUGCUAUGGAUGAGGCAGCCGACCCACUCGAAAGCAAGGCCAGUAUGCCUGCUGAGUCCCUGCACCCCUGUCCAUCAGAACCAUUGGCUGCUGCUCCCACUUUGUCUGAGCCAGGUCCUGACAUUGACCAGUGUACAGAAUGCAGCGCGAGCCCAGCAACAACACAAAGAUCGAAAUCUCAGUCUGUUCGAGAUCCCUCUCAAAACAAAGAUGUGGACAUGGACAGCAGAGUCAAUUCAUGUCAGUCAACCUCACAAGGACAAGAUCAGUCAGGAGAAUCAAAGAAUUCCAAGUCUAGGUCUCAAAAAUGUCAACAAGAGCAGAAAGGAUCAUCUACAUCAUCAUCAUCAUCUAACAAAGCACAAACCACGUCAGGCCAAAGUGCCAACAAGGACCAGAAUGCAAACAUAUGCAACACUCCAGAGAAAGAAAGACUGAAAACAGGGAGUCUAAACCAGGGAGAUAAGAAAUCCCCAGCCGGUCAUGGGGAAAAGACGUUUGGAUCGCAGAGCCGACAGAAGCCUCAGGUGAUGGGCCAGGGCUCUAGUGUAGAUCCACAGGAGAAGGUGGAGCACAGUCUGCCUCUACAGUGCUCUCAUGGAAAGGGAGACGGCUCAACUGACACCAAAACCCCCCAGCCUGAGAAGAGCAGCAGAAGUGAUGAGGCAGAGACCAAGAAGGCCACCCCACCUCCAAAAAGAAUUCCCACUUCGGCCCAGCAGCCUUCUACCGGUGCGAGACUCACCAUCUAUUUUCAUGCUGUGUUGUCAAAGGACUUCAAGUUUAACCCAGAUGAAGACCGCAUAUUUAUAAGGGCUGGCAGACACAUUGGGGAUUGGGGAGAAAAUUUGGUGGAGAUCUAUGUAUCACGGGACCUUGGAGAACAUGGAUUUCUUGUAGAGGGAAAACUUGUCUCCAGCAAGGACAGUGCAGAAGCUGUGUCCAUACCCUACAAGUAUGUUAUAUACAAGACAAACAAGGAGAAAUAUGAAUACGAAUAUAUCUACAAAAUGGAUUCAAGUGAAACCACCAACAGGUGUCUUUUUAUUAAGCAAGUUCUACUUAAUGAAGAAGGAGAAUGGCACCAGUAUGACGACAUAAUCUGCGCCGCACCGUCCAAAAAUGUGCUUAAGAAACUGAAGGAGACCUUUUGGCCUGACCAGAGGAAAAGCGUGAUCCAGGGGAAAGAGAUUGCCGGCAGGAUUAUGCUGGACACAAUAUUUGACCUCCUGAGUAGCUGGAGCAUCGUCAACCUCAGAAGUUUUGUUAGCCAGCUCAAACAGUUCUAUCAUAUCUAUGGCAACCCCUUUGUAUUUGAAGAAGAGGAUAAAAAGUGGUAUUCUUUGAAUUACGGAGAAAAAGACGUGAGUAACCUCAUAAAGCACUUUAUGAUAGAAAAAGUGAUUCCAGAGCUUCAGAAAGAUGCCACAGGGACAGGCGCUUACAUUAAAGGACCUCUGAAGGCUGCUAUCAUCAUGCUGUAUGUGUGGAAGCAGUACCGCCUUAAACUAGAACUGGGCGAGCUUGGUCGCCUCUGCACUGCCCUCUGCCUGCCAAAUCUGCCUGAAGACAAGUUCCUCCCUUUCUGGACUGAUGUAAAAGAAUCAUUUUCAUGCCUGAAAAACCUACCUGAUAUUUUGCUGGAUCUGAUUAACACACUGAAGCCAGAAAAGCGGACCCAAUGGGUUAUUGUCAUCCCACUUCUGCAUCUUCUCAAGGGAACAUCCAAACCCUUCGAGCCUGUUUCACACACACUCAGCUCAAGAAAUGAAAAGUCCUGGGAUGGGUUACAGGGAUUGAAAACCACCAGUGCCAGUCAGUGGUCUUCACAAGACAGAAGAGCCAUGAUAAAACUCAUGCAGAAGAAUCUUCAUCUCGUGGAGGUGGACCGACUGCUGGCUCGCUCAUGGAUGUGCCUGAUGACUCUGAAUGACUUGGUGGAGUACAGUACCAGCAUCCACGUGGAGCUGCUGGACAUCUUACAAGUUUUUAUUUUGAAAACUCCUGCAGACCUUUCCUACGGUGAUUCCACAAGUGUAACAGAUACUUUGACAUUCAUUCAAACCCAGCUUCUUGAGCAAAAAUACAAAUGUUUCUCUGUUGAUUAUGGGAGAGACUGCUUAGCCGCAGCAGUGAAACUACUGGAGAGGAUAUGCACGGCAGUCCGGACCUCCUACGUCCAGAAUGUCACAGAAGUUCCGAUUGCUUGCCUGAAUCUUGUGGUCUCAGUUACAGACUUUUUGCAGUGUCUUGUACAGGAGAGAAAAGAUGGCGAGCCUUCAAAUGCAAAUGUUCUUGAGCUGUUGUCCCUGGCGAUGAAAACAAUCAGGACUUGGAUAGGGCAGACUUUUAAGCGAGGGCUGUUGGUCAGCUACUCCUUUAGUGCCAGCCUUACUUCAGAGAUUGAGAUGUGGAACAACAUUAUCUCCAUACGCUUUGAAAGUGAGGACUUCACAAAAGAGUGGAGGGAAACGUUUACUGGAGACUUUGAAGGGAAAUUUCGACAGGAGACGCCUCUAAACCAGAUUGAAGUCUACUGCAACAAUAUUGAGGAGCUGAAUGAAUCUCAUCCGUACGUGGCUAAAAGUAUAGAAAAGUGUGCCCUCCAAGCUGUUACCUCAGUGUGCCAGACCAAGACUGAGGGCACACUAUUUGACAGAAUCAAAAUAAACUGGAAAUUUGGAAAUCUUAUAUCUGCAAUCAUACAGAAGUCAUGGCCAAAAAAUGAAAGUGGAUCCUAUGAGGAGGAGGAGGAGCUGAUCCUUCAGCAUCUACUCAGUUGGACAGCAGCCAAGAAUGUCUUUCAGCUUUAUGGUGCUGAUGAAAAAUUGAUUGAUGAGCUCUCUGAAGAGGCCAAGAAUAGACUUGCUGUGGCAACAUCUCUGUUCACACACAUUUCACAUCAGCUCCUCGAGGGAGACAUAAGGAUAAAGGUUCUGAACCAUAUCUUGGACAAGAAGAAUACUUUUAUAGAGCUAAUGAAAAUAGACUGUCUCUGUGAAAAUGAGCAUUGCAGAGAUACCGGUGCAAUGAAGAGACUUCUUCAAUUUCGACAGAUGGAGAUGAAAGCCAUAUAUCAUGAAAACGAGCUGGUUAAGGGACUCAUUGCAAUGUUCCAGAAGCUUCAGGAGCAUGUUACAGUUGAUUUGGAAGACCUAGAGGAAAAAAUACAGAUUCACAUUGAUGAGAUGAGGCUGAAUACGUUCAUGGAGGUUCAUCCAUUUAACCAGAUUGCUUCACAAAUGGCUGGUGUAGUCACGUACUUUAACCUUGAAGAGUAUGUGCAUUCCAUGGCAAAAACCUUUAACAAAUUCGAAAAGAGCUAUAUUUUCAAGAUGUGUUGGGAGAGCCAGGCUAAGAUUUUUGCCAGAUCUGCAGAGGAUGAAUAUAGUUCAGAGAGCUUACCUUUGGAUGAAGAGGCUGGUGUGGCUACACCUGAUGUGAUUUACUUUGACAUAUUUCAGCCAUGCUACGAAAAAUAUAAAAAUAUGUAUGCUAGCUUAAAGGAUGGUAGCAUGACUUUUGAAGAAGUUGACGUCACAUUUAAAGCCUACAUGGGAAAGUAUGAAGAACUUGCUGAUGAUGUUGCAAUCAUGUGCAAGCUGGAUGCCGUAGAUGACAAGCAAUGGAUUCCAAGGAGGAUUCAGCAGAUUGAGCAGUACCACGAGCUUCAUCUAGCAGUUGAAUCCGCUCAGGUGGUCAUGAUGGUGAAGCAGACACUUUGCCUUCAAGGGGACUUCCAAGUCUUGGAGAAGUUACUUGUAGUUACACACUUGGACUUUAAGAAGGAGCGCAUUGACAGUAUUGACAAUGAGCUCAUGCAGGCCAAAGCUGUACUUGUGGACAUCACAGAGCCUCGUAGACACUGCCUGCAGGAGCUGGGGCUGAGGAAGAACUUCGUCAUGUGGGUUAAAGAAGCUCUUGAAGAUAUCAAUGAGUUGAAGGUGUUCGUUGACUUGGCCUCCAUCUCUGCUGGAGAAAAUGAUCUAGAUGUGGAUAGAGUGGCUUGCUUUCAUGAUGCUGUUCUUGGCUAUUCUCCAAUGCUCUAUGAGCUAAAGACGGAUGCUGGCUUCAGGAUCUUUAAGGAGAUCCUGAAGAAGCUUUGGAAGGCACUUGAUAAUGACCCCAAUCUCCCUAAAAAACUGCGUGACACUGCAAGACACUUGGAGUGGUUGAAGACAGUGAAGGAUAGCCAUGGAUCUGUCGAACUGUCUUCUCUGUCCUUGGCCUCAGCUAUCAACACAAAAGGAAUAUACAUCAUCAGUGCAGAAAACCAAAAGAAGUUAAGUCUGGAUAAAGUCAUAAAACUGCAGAUUACAGAGGUGCAUGAUGAAGGCCUUGAGACGCGGUGUUAUUCUCUCGAAGAUCUCAGGGACCUUCAGAAUAAACUAAUGCUCAUGUCUGGCAAAGGUGAACAAGGUCAGAAUGAAGUUGAUCAGUUUGCAGAGGUUUUUGCAGGGGUUCAGAGGUUGGCCUCUGCAUUUAUUGAUUUGUUUGUGGCUGGAAAUCCACUGUUCAGACACUGGGAGACACAUAUCAACUGUAAUAGUAAAGAGGCCUGCAUAGUCAUGGACUUCAACUUGAAAGAUGUUGUUAGUGUUGUCUUAGUUAAGGGUAAUGUGGCAGAGCAACUCCCAGAAGUCUGUAAGAAAAUGGAAAAAUGCUUGAGGUUUUGGAAUCACUUCAUGGACAAACAGAGAUCUCAGUAUUACUACCUUAACUAUUUUACAGCGGAACAGUUAGUCUAUCUGUGCAAUCAGUUGACUCAGAAACACCAAGAAGAUCAAGCUUUUAUGAUGCUUUCCUUUAUCAAGCCUAACUGCACUAUUGUUGACUUGAGGGAGUCUAUGCAUGUCCUUCAGUAUGAGAUACUUAAAAGACCCCUUGAAAGAAAUGAAGACCUAGAUUUUCAAACCUUUGCUGAAGUUCCAAACAGGGCUGAAAUUGACAUAAUGGGGAUAAAUGUUGAAGACGUCUGUUCCAUUGAUGAUCUGGAUCAUUUUACCAUGGAAAAUGAGUCUGAAAGACUUGACACAAUUUGGAAUGCAUACAUGAAAAACAUGCAAAAGUUCCUCCACUAUACUCUUGAUGUCAGAAGUCUAGGGAGACUUUUGGAAAUUUUGGCUAAUAGUGCCAGUGAAAGUGAGGAUGAUACUGAUGAUGAUGCAGAGGAUGGUGCUUUUCUGAAGAAGAGACAGGGAAACAUACAGAGAGAACUGCCCAAGGGACUGACUGUUGGAAAACCAAAUCUCAUCAUCUGUCCUCCUACAGAGAUUUUGACUUCUUGCAUCUCCAUUUACAUGAGCAGUGACCAUGAGCCACUGCCAACAUAUGAUGAAGUGCUCCUGUGUGAUUCGUCCACUCCAUAUGAGCAAGCAGAACUGUUCCUCAGACGCUGUCUCACUACUGGCUAUAGGGGAGAGAAGAUCUAUACCAUGCUGUAUGUAGAUCAGCUGACCUAUGAAGUCAGCUACAAAGUGGAGCAGUUUUUCCAGCGUUACAAGGCACAGAGCAGAAAUGACUACAGACUGGUUUUGAUUUGUGGCUCAGACCGUGAACAUGCCUAUGUUCCAUCAGCUUUCAGUCAGUUUAGGUUGCAUAUGGUACCUCAGGAGCCCCUGAGCAGUAUUCAGACAUACCUUGACAAGCACUACACUGUUCCAAAUGACCAGUGCAGUGCUGCUGCUGUUUUUAAAAACAGAAAAUUUGUGGGAGUUGUGUCUUCAAGAAGGGCAGGUGUUGGUAAAUCACUUUACAUACGUCGGACAUAUGAGAAAUUGAAGAUGAUUACCAAAAGGUCGACACAUCUCAAGUGUAUCCGGUUGAUCGAGCCAAGGAUAGACGAAAAUGCGGUUCUUCAAUCAAUGCUCAACAGCAGCAAGAUGGAACUAACUGUCUUUCAUUUUGAUGUUACUUCCUCGGUGCAGAACGGUCUCCAUGAAUUUCUCUUUAGGCUGCUGAUUUUGGGUUAUCUUUUGGACUCAGAAGGAAGAAUGUGGAAAUGUAACAACAGGCACUUGUAUAUCGUUGAGCUUCUAGAGUCUCGCACACAUGUGCCUAGAAAUGGCCCAAGAGGCGGUUCAAAUGUACGAUCUGCCUUCCUAAAUGUAUUUCCAAGUGUCCACUGCAGAGCUCCCAAAGAGGUCCUUGAGUUCGAAAUGAAUGUACAAGAAAAUGCAUCCCAAGCCAAGGAUGAUGACCCCUUAAUGGAUGACCAGGAGUUCAAAAGUGAAGCAUAUCAGCGCCCAUACCAGUACCUAAAACGUUUCUACAAUGGCAGAAGCUUGGAUGAUUUUAGAUACAAGGAAACUGAAGGAAGUCAAGUGGAAUGUCUACAGAUGUUGCUUGUGUACUGUGGGGUUGGAGACCCAUCCUGGGCAGAGUUGAGGAAUUUUACGUGGUUCUUGAACCAACAACUGCGAGACUGUGAGACCUCUGUCUUCUGUGAUUCAUCUUUCACAGGAGACACUCUGCUUGGUUUCAAGAACUUUGUGGUUGACUUCAUGAUACUCAUGGCAAAGGAUUUUGCCACACCUUCUCUGAGCAUCUCUGACCAGAGUCCUGGCAGGGUACAGAUGGACCUUGCUGGUGUAAAUGAGGAAGACCUUGCUCCAUUCAGGAUCAGAAAGAGAUGGGAAUCUGAACCUCAUCCUUAUAUUUUCUUCAACGAUGACCAUGAGUCCAUGACAUUUAUUGGCUUUCAUCUACAGCCAAAUGAGCAGAAUGGAGUAGAUGCAAUUGAUCCCUCAUCAAAGGAAGUGAUCAAGAAAAACAUUAUGACUACAGAACUGUAUGAGGGCCUCAAGCUCCAGAGGGUCCCUUUCAAUGUAGAUUUUGAUAAGCUGCCAAGAGGAGAGAAGAUUGAGCGAAUAUGCAGAGUUUUGGGAAUUCAGUGGCCUCUUGACCCAGAUGAAACAUACGAGCUCACUACUGACAACAUAUUGAAGAUUCUGGCAAUUCAUAUGCGCUUCAGGUGUGGCAUCCCUGUCAUUAUCAUGGGUGAGACAGGGUGUGGGAAAACCAGGCUCAUCAAAUUCCUGUGUGAGUUGCAAAGGUACGGAGUUGCGACAGAGAAUUUGAAGCUAGUCAAAGUUCACGGAGGAACAAAUUCAGAUAUGAUUUACACCAAAGUGAGGGAGGCAGAGACCAUUGCAGUCACAAACAAGCAAGAUUAUGGCAUUGACUCUGUCUUAUUUUUUGAUGAGGCGAACACAACAGAGGCCAUCAGCAGUAUUAAAGAAGUGCUCUGCGACAAGACAGUAGAGGGAGAAUCAAUGGCCCCAUACUCUGGCUUGCAAAUUAUUGCUGCAUGUAAUCCAUACAGGAAACACACAGGUGUAAUGAUUAAGAGAUUGGAGUCAGCUGGUUUGGGAUAUCGAGUGCGAGCUGAAGAAACGGAUGAAAAGCUCGGGUCCAUUCCUCUCCGUCAGCUUGUGUACAGAGUGCAGGCUUUGCCUCCUAGCAUGAUUCCAUUAGUGUGGGACUUUGGGCAACUCAAUGAUCAUACUGAGAAAAUGUAUAUCCAGCAGAUAGUUCAAAGAGUAGCUGAAAAGCACGUUUUCAGUGAGAGCUACAUCAAAAUGAUCACAGAUGUCUUGUCAGCUUCACAGAAGUACAUGAGGACAAGAAAGGAUGAGUGUAGCUUUGUAAGUCUAAGGGAUGUUGAACGCUGCAUGCAGGUAUUUACAUGGUUCUUCCAAAAUAACACAAUGCUGCUUUCAGAACUUGCUCAGUUUGAGAGUGAGCAAAGAGCACAGAUAAAUGAAGAAAGUCAGAGGGAAGCUGAUGAAAGAGACCCUAUUUUGUGGUCAUUGGUGAUGGCUAUUGGUGUUUGUUACCAUGCCUGUUUGGAAGACAAAGACAAGUACAGAGUCAAAAUCUGCAAAUACUUCCCAGAGAUAUAUAGUCCAGUGAAGUUAAUGCAGGAGCUCACAGUUAUGCAAGACCUUCUUCUCAGUGGUGUUCCACUGGGUGAAACAAUUGCACGAAACAGUGCUCUGAAGGAAAAUGUUUUCAUGAUGGUGAUUUGCAUUGAGCUGCGAAUUCCCCUCUUUUUAGUUGGGAAACCUGGAAGCUCUAAAUCUUUGUCUAAAACUCUGGUCGCCGACGCCAUGCAAGGCCAAGCAGCUCAUUCUGAUUUGUAUAGGAAACUGAAACAGAUUCAUCUGGUGUCAUUUCAGUGCAGUCCUCAUUCCACACCAGAAGGCAUCAUCAACACAUUCAAGCAGUGUGCUCGUUUUCAGGAAGGCAAGAAUCUAAAUGAAUACAUAUCAGUUGUGGUGUUGGAUGAGAUUGGUCUAGCAGAGGAUUCCCCAAAAAUGCCACUGAAAACCCUUCAUCCUUUGCUUGAAGAAGGGUGCAUAGAUGACAACCCACUGCCCCACAAAAAGGUUGGAUUCAUUGGUAUAUCCAACUGGGCUUUGGACCCAGCAAAGAUGAACAGAGGCAUAUUUGUUUCCCGUGGUGAUCCUGAUGAAAAGGAAUUGGUUGAGAGUGCCAAAGGGAUAUGUUCUUCUGAUGCAAUGAUCCUUGAGAAGGUUAGGGAGUUCUUUCAGCCAUUUGCCUGGGCUUACCUAAAUAUCUGCAAGAAACAAGGAAAAGGUUUCUUUGGCCUACGUGACUAUUAUAGCUUGAUCAAGAUGAUUUUUGCUAUUACUAAGGCCUUGGAGCAAAAGCCUAGUCCUGAACAGAUUGUUGAAGCUGUGUUGAGAAACUUCAGUGGCAAAGACAAUGUGAAUGCUGUUGCUGUUUUCACUGACAGACUUAAACUCAAGCCCAACCUUGAAGCCAUCAGUGCCAUUGAACUUGUGAGACAAAACAUCACCGCCAUUGGUCAAGAUGAUGAAUGCAGAUACUUGCUCAUUCUGACUAAGAAUUAUGCAGCUCUACAGAUUCUUCAGCAGACAUUCUUUACAGAGCAAUACCAACCAGAGAUCAUAUUUGGCUCAAGCUUCCCAAAAGACCAGGAGUACACCCAAAUUUGCCGCAAUAUUAAUCGCGUCAAGAUCUGUAUGGAGACUGGUCAAACCAUUGUCCUUCUGAAUUUGCAGAACCUGUAUGAAAGCCUUUAUGAUGCACUCAAUCAAUACUAUGUUUGCCUUGGAGGUCAGAAAUAUGUGGAUUUGGGGCUUGGAACCCACCGUGUCAAGUGUAGAGUGCACAAAAGUUUCAAACUCAUAGUCAUUGAAGAAAAGGAAGUGGUCUACAAGCAGUUUCCCAUUCCUCUGAUUAACAGAUUGGAGAAACAUUUUCUGGACAUCAAUACUGUGCUAAAGAAUGAACAAAAGGAGUUUGUCAAGGAGCUUGAAAAAUGGGUUAGACAGUUCAUCUCACUCAGGAACCUGCAUUUUGCUGCUCCCCAGACACAGAACUAUGAACCAGCUGAUGUUUUCAUUGGUUAUCACUCUGAUACCUGUGCCUCAGUCAUCCUGCAAGUUACAGAGAAGCAGAAGGGAGACAUGGAGCUCUCUGACCCUCACCGACAAGUGAUGGAUGAGGCCAAAUUUAUACUACUGAACUGUGCUGCCCCAGAUGCUGUGGUUCGCCUAGAUAAUACAGUUCUUCCCAGAGUGGAAAGUGAGCACCUAUCAAAGGUAUACUUUGAAUUCCAGAAACACAGCUCCCUGGUUGACUUUAUCCUCUCUGACACACUGCAGGAAGAGGGAAGCUAUGUCUCUUUUACAGAGGUAACCACGUUCUCCAGACUUCUGACUGCAGCAGACCUCGGGCAACUGCAGGAAGUGGUUCCGAACAUAGAGAUUCUUGCACUGCAGCAGUUUGACACAGAGCAUUCCUUCCUGAAGAAGAUCAGGAACUUUUUAGAUGGUACCUCUGGAAACAAGAUCUUAAUUAUUCAGACUGAUUUUGAUGAAGAGCUACAAAGCUCUAAUCUCAUCGCAUCGGCAAAGUACUCCUCAAUCAAUGAAAUCAACAAAUUCAGGAAUGAGGAAGAGAGCAAGACCUUUGUCUACUUUGUUACAAAACUACCAAGAAUAGAAGGUGGAACCUCUUAUGUUGGGUUUCAUGGAGGUCCCUGGAAGUCUGUCCAUAUUGAUGACCUUAGAAGAACAAAAGACAUUGUUUCAGAUAUUAAGGCCUUACAGUAUCUUACCAUCAGCCAGCUGUUUGAAGAAAAAGAGGACGAUCUUGAGGCCAUGGAAGUAGAGGACAUGUACAGAGAGGCAGAAGAACAGAAAAUGGAGCAAGACAACACUGAUAGCUUGGAGAAUGCUCUAGAUACCACAGUCCUUGUACGUAGCUGUGUUCAAAGUGCAGUGGGCAUGCUGAGAGACCAAGGGCAGGCUGGCUGUCGCAGCACCAGAAGAGUAGAGAUUCUGCUGACACUCCUGUCUGACGGAGGGGAGCUUCAAGCCACAUUUCUGAAAAUGUUGAAGCGUCGUCUUCACACUUUGUUGAUUACCCAUGAUGAGCAUACAGUCUUCCCAAAGAACUGGGUUAUCAAAGAGGCAUCCAAUAUUGAUGCCCUUCAAGAGGGUGGAACCUUUAGACAUACCCUGUGGAAGCGAAUUCAAGCUGCAGUCAUACCUUUCCUGGCACAACUUGUCUCAGUUAUUGACCGUGACCACAAUCUUGACCUCUUGGUAGAUGCAAACUCAGGAGAGUCAGUGAAGAAACUCUGGUUAGACAUCUUUGGAAAUGACAAGUUAUUGAGUGUUCCAUACUCAAGGGUGGAUUCCAACUCACUGACGAAGACUGUUCUGGUCCAGAACUACAUUGUUGUGAAUAGGAAUAUGGGAUGCAUCAUGCCGUUCAGCUGGAGAAUCAAAGAUUACUUGGAGGAACUUUGGAUGCAUGCUCUGCAUCGAGAAGGCCACUCUCAGAGACAGUUUGAUGAGUUCUUCCGUAAGACUCCACUGGGCAGGUACAUUGGAGAUGCAGAGAGGGCAGUGCAGGUGGAGUUCUUACACCGAUAUCUGCAAGAUUUCACCUCUUUGACCAUGAAUGUGACAUCAGAGGUGGAACUACAGCUGCUCUCUGAAGGCCUGAUGUGCUGUGUGAAUGAACUGAAGGGACGCCAGGAGGAAGCAGAAAGCAAUGUGACCUCUUUGCCUUGGGUCCACGCUGCCUAUCAUGACUUUAAGAACCGCCUGCAGAACCUCUUCAGAAUGGUCACCAUUGAGCCCCAAAUUGCUCAGGUGCUUCUGGCCAAAGCACAGUCUAGAGAGAGCAUGGAGAUGGUAUUGGAUGUGUAUGCCGCCCUGGCCUGUGUGGAGUACCUGGAGCCCCAGGCCCUGGAUACAUCCGCUCACAGUGUGGCCUGGCUGCGGCAGGUGAAGAGGCUCCAGGGACCAGUUGAGCUGGUCUGCUCAGAAGAGAGCUCCCGCCUGUAUGGGGAAAGGAGCAAAGCCAUGGUCGCCCAUGUGCAGCAAGCCUGGCGGCGGAUCCAUUCCCUCUCGCUGUUCGUUGAGCACAUGCUGCUGGGGGUAGAUGACGUGGACCAGGAACUGAAGCCGUUGGUCUUGCAGCACACUCGGCGCUUGGCUCAAGUAUUGGGAGAGAAUUCCAACCUCAAACAGAAAAAGCCGUUUGAGGCGGUGAUCGCCAUACUCAAAGCCUGCAAAGACGGAGCAAAUGAACGCAUUUUUAGGUUUGGCUUCCAGCCGUGCCCUGUGUGUAUGGGAGACCCUCAUGAUCCACUGAGUCUGCCAUGUGACCAUGUCUACUGUCUGGCCUGCAUCAGACAGUGGCUAAUUCCCGGACAGAUGUACUGCCCCCUGUGUAUGCAAACGGUAGACGAUGACUUUGAGCUUAGGCCUUCUGAGGUCAUACGGAGCCUGAUCAAGCAGAACGCCGCGUUCAGAAAGCAGUGCAAUGCCUUCUUCAUUGAACUGGUCUCCACCAUAUGCUUCAGGGACAACUCUCCACCCAGCAGGGCCAUCAUCCUCCACCUGCUGUCCUUCCUCAUGGUGGAGUCCGGUGCUGUGCCUACCAUCAGAGGCCACCACCACCGUUUUCUGACCAAGGCUCUGUCUCCUUUUGACGACUCCGUGGACAAAAACCCUGUAGUGCGAUCAGUAGUGCUCAAACUGUUGCUAAAGUACAGCUUUGAAGAUGUGAAAGGGUACCUUCAGCAGCACCUGACUGCAGUAGAGCAGAGCAACAUCCUGGAGGAGCAUGAUAAAACAGAGCUCUACUCCCUCUACAUAAACUGCCUGGAGGACUCUAUGUUUGAGCACACCCAGUGGCACUCCCUGGCAGAAAAGCAGGCCUGCUUGCUGGAGGGGAAGAACUUCCUCCUAGAUCUCCUGGAGUAUGGGGCAGUGGCCACUCACACUGCCACCAUGGAGCACCUGCAGCAGGUGGCCAGGACUCGCCUGUGUCUAGAUAUCGCAGCAGGUCUGCUGGUCACCACCAGUGCUGCCGCAGGUGCUGGAGAGGAGACAGCGGUUGGAGAGGCUGCGUUUCUGAGGAGUGUUGUGGAUCUGUGUGAAAGUGGGAAUGACUGGUACAGAGUCUACCUCAUCAGGAAGGUCUGCAGCAUUAGUGGAGUCGAGUAUGUCCAGAAACAUCUGUAUGAACAGCAGUACGCGUGGAUGUUUCCUCAGGAAAUCCUUCAGAUGAAUCGAGACGGUAGCCAGAUUGACCAAUAUCUGGUUUAUGGUGUGGAGUAUAAGACUGUCAGAGAUGCAGUUGGCAAGGCUAUGAUGGAAUGCAAAAUGGAAAGAAUGGAGGAAGCUUGUCAGGCUUGCAAGAGUUCACCUUUGAAGAAGAGCGUGUACCUGUUGUUGGCUCUGUUUAGAGAAGUCACCUCCCUGUAUAGAAGUGCCAACCCCAGCGUCCACCCUAAACCAGAGCAACUGGUAGCACUCGAGGGCUUCAUCGAGAAAUCUGAAGUCUUCACCAGUUUUGAGUCCAGAGCGUUCGCCCGGGCUUUGGUGCAUAACCAGCUUCAUGCCCUGUGGGUGCUGGCCAACGCGGCAGGUGGAGACCACGCGGUCGUGGAGCUUGCCGUUCACCUAGCAGCAGUCCUGCUCUCCACCCAGCAGGCCCUGCUGCAGCCCCUGGUCCAGCUCGCCUUCCGACCUGCUAACAUGCAGAUGUCCUUCAUACCCACCAUGCCUGAUGACAUGCUCGCCGUGGCUCAGAAAGCCAUGGGGCUCCUUCAGUGGUACUAUUGUCCAAACGGUCAUCCAUGCACUGUUGGCGAGUGUGGUCAACCGAUGGAGAAGAGUCGCUGUCCAGACUGUGGUGCAGAGAUAGGGGGCACAGAUCACAGACCUGUCCAAGGCUUCCAACCUCUCAUGAUACAGGGAGACCGCACUCAGUCAGGGCACAUUCUGGGAGAUCCACAGCGCCGGGACCAGCCGGACAUGCAGGACACGAAGAACAUGUCCCCUGCUCCCUUCAUCAUGAUCAGGGCCCUCACUCACGCGGCUAUGCUGCUGGGAGCUUCCAGCCACCCCCAGGACGUUUCCCCUUUCAUUAAGCCCCCUGUGGAACAGCCAGGGCUGUUUCUGAUGGCCCACCUGCUGAAGGAUAUGGAGCAGUUGUGCAGGGCUCUGGGGAAGGGCACGGACGACACUGUAUGCGCUGUCCACUUGAUCAUCUGCAGCCUGACAGAGCCUCAGCAGAACAGAGAGUGGCCUGUUCCUUACGAUCAUCUGCUCUCCACUAAAGAGAACAGAAAUAACUGGGAGGACGCCGUGAACAGAGACAUCACACAGCAACUGAAGCUUUUGGAGAGGCAGCUGGGAAAGGUGAACGCCUUCAUCAGGGAGGACGAGAGGGUGUCGUCCAACCCGGUAAUGAAGCUGACGUUCGGGGACCCGCGGCUGUUUCUGCAAUCGCUCCCCGUGGACUCCCUGAUCCACAGCUCGGCUGUGUGGAGCUGCAGGGAGCGGCCCUCUCUUCCCAGCCUGUCCCACAUCGUCGAGCAGAACGGCGGCCACGACGCCCUGCCUGUACUCUGGAAGUUCCUACAGAGGGAGGCAGAAUUGAGGAUGGUGAAGUUUCUCCCAGACAUUCUGGCUCUCCAGAAGGAUCUGGUGAAGACAUUCCAGAAUGUGAUGGAGCUUCCAUGUAACACCAUAACAGAGUUCCUUCAUAGCCAGAAAGCAGCGUCUCUCAUAGCUUCAUAUGAGAAACGAAUCAAGAUUUUUCUCUCGACAUGGAACCAACUCCGAGUAUCUCUGGCCACAAAUGGAGAGAUCAAGCUCCCAGCGGAGUUCUGCCAGGAAGACCUGGACCUUGGCUCUGACCUCCAGGUCCUGCUGCCACGGCGACAGGGCCUGGGUCUCUGUUCCACCGCUCUGGUCAGCUACCUCAUUGCUCUCCACAAUGAGAUGGUCUACACAGUGGACAAGUACACUAAUGAGGAGACAUGCUUCUCUGUGAGUCCAGUUGAUCUGACGGAGCUUCAUGUGAUCCGGUACGAGGUGGAGAGGGACCUUAUGCCCCUGGUGCUCUCCAACUGCCAGUACAGCAUGGAACGUGGCCGUGAGAUGCUGUCCGAGUACGACCUCCCCAAGAUCCAGCAGCAGGUCCUCACGCGUUUCCUGCAGGGGAAGCCGCUUGUCACCCUCACCGGAAUUCCGACACUGGUGAACAGACAUGACAGAAACUACGAGAACAUUUUCAAGGAUGUGAUGGCAAAGGUUCAACAAGAACCGCUGUCCUCCCUGGGCCAGGCCUCGCUGGUGGCUGAGCUGCAGGCCUACAGUGAUGUGUGUGAGGCCCUGUCCACAGUGGAACUGGCCCUGGGCUUCCUGGCCAUGACCGGAGGAGACACGCAUAUGCAGCUGGGCACGUACCUGAGGGAGGAGCUGCAGAUGGACGACCACGCGGCUCCGCACGUCAUCAAAGCCCUGAGCAGAUGCAGCCUGGGACAUUGCGUGGCUCUGUGGCAGCUCCUCAGCGCCCUCAAAUCUGAGACCAUGCUACGCCUUAAGAGGGACCCGUUUGCUGGGAUAAGCAAGGAGUACAAGAAGGCCCUGGGGGAGGAGGAGAAGAGGCAGCUGAUGGGCUUCUUCAUGAAGGCCAGUGCAGACUCCUUCUUGCUGGAAAUGCACGAGUUCCUGCUGCUGGUCUUGAAGAACCCUAAUGCCACUGACACAUACAAGCCCAACUGGAGCAUAAAAGACACUGUGAUGUCCUACAUGGAGCGGAAAGACUUGAAUGUCCCUGUGGAUGUGCAGGAGUUCUUCCCUGAAGAGGUUCUCCUGUCUCAGUACAUAGAGGCCUGGAAGUACUCUGUAAUCCUCAAGCAAGAGCGCAACCAAAGAUAGAGCUCAUUCCCUCCCCCAGCUUCACCUUCUCUCCAUGGCAUUAGUCCGUCUCCCAUUUUCAGAGUUAAAACCCUCGUGUUUACAGUCAUUAUAUUAACACUGGUUUCAUGUGGUGGUCCAUUUUCCCAAGUGCCAAAGAGGUGCAAUGUGUUGUUUAAACAUUAUCAGUACAGAAAUCUUUAAAAAAAUUAGCAAUUUGCACAAUAAAGAACAAUCAACCUUCCUAUAUAGGCAGACAAGCAAAUAAAAUAUCUACAGAUUGUGUUCUUUUUUUUUUGUAUGCCUGUACAGAGAGACUUUAAAUUGCCAACAAUUUGUUUAGACUUUUUGCUUGGGAUUUUUCAGAGACAAUUCAUGUUAAUAACAGGUAGUGGUAUCAGUUAAAUUUGGACUCAGGGACUAAUUCUGAAUGAUUGAUUGUUAGCUUUAGGAGUAAAAUCAGUUAGUGAAUAUAUUAUUUGAACACUGGGAGCAGACUGGGUUACAGUGACAGUGGAUUGUUCUGUGGCUGUAUGCUAAGACUGCUUAGAUUUUUAGUUUCUUUUUUUCCUUCUUGUUUUGCUGUAUUAGUAUUUUAUUGAGAUGAUGACCUGUUGCCUUAAACUGAGCCCUUAUCUGGUACUCUUGCACUUUCUCUUUGUCCUUAAAGAAUUAAAUCAUUUUCCUAAGGACCGUUCUGUAGAAUCUAAUAUUGUGGCUAUUAAAGUAUGCUAUGUUUCAUAAAUAAAAUUAGUCUUGUUUUCAAGAAUCUGGUGAA